AUGAGUUUUAAAUGGGGUGUUUCUGAAGUUUUGGGGUUGACUUAUGUAUGCUGCUGGUCUGUGUCCAUGUACCCACCACUUUGGACUAAUUGGAAGCGUAAAUCCGCCAGUGCGCUGUCGGUAGAUUUUGUCAUGUUAAAUACAACAGGGUACUUUUAUUUGGUCAUAUCACUAAUUUUGCAAUUGUACCGCUGGCUACCACCUCCACAAGGACAAGAAUUAACCCAAGAAGCAAUAGCUCUAAAACCCAAGAUAACAAAUUUCGAUCUAUGCUAUUGUUUACACGGAUUCCUGUUAAAUUUAGUGCUGGCAUCACAAUUGGUAAUGGGACAAUCAAUGUGGGGGUUUAAAAAAGAAAGAUCAAUACGAAUGAAACCAAUUUAUUCGAAAAUUCUGUUUCUAUCGCUCCUAAUUUUUAGUGGAUUAACAUUACACUUUGUCAAUUACAAUGCCACAGUCGGUUGGGACAAUCUGAGAACUUUAGCCUAUUGCAACAGGUUGUUUAUGCUAAAGAUUUCCAUGUCAUUGUUGAAAUACGUCCCACAAGUAAUCCACAACCAUGAAAGGAGAUCAAUGAAGGGGUUCGCCAUACAAGGUACUAUGCUCGAUAUUACUGGUGGAAUGGCAUCGUUAAUGCAAUUGAUCUGGCAAAUUGCAAAUGACAAAAGUUUCAACACAUCAGUUUUCAUGGCAAAUUUCGGUAAAAUCGGAUUGGCUAUAGUGACAAUAGUUUUCAAUUUCAUCUUCCUUUCCCAAUGGACGGUUUACGGAGAUGGAUCCGUCGUUACGAUUAAAGAUUAA